AUGCAAUCUUGCUCCGAUUGCAGCUGUUACAUUGGUGAAUUCAAAAAUGGUGUCAAACAUGGCAUUGGUGUCUACCAUUUCAGGAAUGAGGAUUGGUAUGCUGGUGAAUACUUAGGUGAUAAAAUUCAUGGUUUUGGGGUUUAUCAUUUUGCAAAUGGCCAUUGUUACGAGGGAUCAUGGCAUGAAGGAAUGGUGACAAAAAAUGUAGGGAAUGGGAUGGUGGCAAUUAAAGCUGCCUUACCUCCAUCAAGUGAUGUUGUCCUUCGAGCAGUGCAUGGUGCUAGAAAAACUGCUGAGAAAUCGAUUCAUAUUCGCACGAUAGAUGAACAAGUAAACAAGGCAGUAAUGGCUGCAAACAAAGACGCAACUGCCGCAAGAGUGGCUGCAGUUAAAGCAGUGCAAAACAGGAUAGAUGGGAAAUUUUGUGAGACUCCUUUUUGA